AGCUGAAAUACGUCACAACCAGACGUAGAGGAUGCUGGGGGGAGAGGGCAAAGAUGGCGCGCUCCACCAACAUGGGACGUGAAGGGAAAGACACAUCUCAGGAUAGAGGAGCUUCUAACGCAGAUCUCUUACUACACCCCGAGCUCCUGUCUCAGGAGUUUAUCCAGUUGGUUCUGAAUGAGAAAAAGAUAACCAGUGGAUACGAUGGGAGCCGCGACCAGCUCACUGCUCUCUACCUCCGGCACGUCAUCCCCCUCCCGCAGAGAGCGCUGCCAAACAACCGCUGGGGAAAGAGGAUGGAGCAGACUCGAGCGCGACAGAGCACAGCCAGCGGACAGUCUCAUAGCUUCAGUGACGACCACAACAGGAAGAGGCCUCUGAUCGUGUUCGAUGGCAGCUCCUCUAAAAGUGGCCCCGUCAGACUGAAAAAGCCAGAGGGUCAGACCUCGGGGUCUGGCAUGACAGACAGAAUCAAGCCCCCUCCCUCCAUGAACCUCUUCAGCCCCAUACGCAAGCUGUCCAGCACCACCCCUACCCCCUCGUCUUCCCACAGCCCGGGAGGCCCCCAUAGGAGUCCCACUGAGAAUAAGGGUCUGGGGAGCCCCCCCUCCUCCCCCAAGUCAGUUAAUCUCAAACGGGAGGCAGACAGCUCGGGUGAACUCAAAGAAAAGAAAAAGAUCCAGAAAGUGACAUGGCCCUGACCCUGGACCGUACCGAGAGACCUACCACUCCACCAUAGAGCAGUGAUGAGCCACCUCACACUGGGGCAUUCUCUGCCAGAGUCAGGACAAUCACAGAACUACUCAAAUUUUUAGGGUGGUGACAUCAGUCCUCAUUUACCUACCUUACCCCAGAACUGCUCUCUGACCCUUUACCUGACCCUCAAGUGUCCUUACAGUGAGUACUCUGCUCCUGGGACUUUACUGACUCUUACUGCAGACGUGGCACCACAAUAUUUCUAUGUUCAUAAGUAUUUUGUGGAAUAAGCAGUUUAACCCUCAAUUCUGCUCUAUGCAUUAUAAUUCUGUGAUGUGACCUACCUGAAAUCCUCUUAGAAUAGUUAGAGUUCAGCCUUCCAGUGCUGUUAGAGCUUGAGUUGAGGAGGUUGAUGGUGUUUAACUUAAUAGGAAAACUAUGCUAAGUUGUUAUGCAUCUUCGUACGUCUGUGUGGCCGUACCAAAUCCACAGUGGGGCAUGACGGGUAAGGGAUUUCUCUGGGUUUUGAUCCUGAUUUAGAUGGAAUCCUCAGUAGGGGGAAACAUUGCCACUGGCCGCCCCACCACCGUUAUUGUUGGUGAGGUGCAUCGUCAUUGUAAAACUCAUUGCAGUACAUAUUGGGGGGGCUGUGUUUUGUUGUUUGCAGGAACUUCUUUGCUGUUUCACCAUUUAAGGAUUCCAGAUUUAUUGUAUUGGUACUGUGACACUUGCAUUUAUAAUGGGAUGUUUAGCUAGUGUGCCUUGCCUUGAGUGGGGGUGCAUUUGAAUUAAAUGGAAGUGAACCCCUAGAUGGUGCCAGAGACUCAGUCCUGCAUGAUUUGCAAGUGCCUGAGAAAGACUUUGCUCCUGGUCUAGGAUCAGAUUAGCCAACCUUGAAUCCUACUCUUAACCAUUAAGGCAUCAAAGCAUACCUGACCCAGGACCAGCAGUUAGGGGCAACUUGUACCACCUCAAUGGCAUUGUUCAGCUUUUCACCAAAUGUAUUUAGCCGUCACUACAUUCCUAUAAUGUAGAUUAUGGGAAGUGCCCAUCCACUGCCCCUUGUUGGACCCCAAACUCUAACUCUGCCACCGCAGCUCAAAAAAAUCCUAGAGGAAACACUUAACUUCAUGUCACUUCCUUAGUCAUACAAGGUGUACAGCAGUUGGUGUAUUUUUAUACUUCUUUAUUUGGACUUCAGACACUGACUUCCUGUCAGAGCCCUUGGAAAAUGACUGAUAAGAUACAUGUCUGUUGGCUCUCACCUUAAUAGGCAUGGCUCAUGGUUACCAAGCAUUUGCACCAGUGUCAGUCAAAUGUAUAUGUGUUGGGGGUGAUAAUAAACAGAGAUUUAAAACCAAACUGUCAUUAUUUA